GACGUGUCGAAGUCGCGCGGCAAUCCAAAAUGACGUCGGUCCGGCGGCCGGGUAGCGGGUAGCCCCAACCCCGCGCUGAAGUUGCUAUCCGGCUCGCCGCAAAUUCUUUGGUCAACACACCAUGGGCGACGGUUCAGCGACGAAGCCGCCAGCGAUGAGACCGCGAGCUCUUUCGACAGAGCAGAAGCUCGAGCGCAAUCUGCUCCAGCUCGAAAAGCAGAAUGGACUGGGAGGAUGGGCGUCUCGCAAGAUUCUGGCACUUGGUGACUGGCAAGAGGCGCUUGAAGAUUUUCAGGAGGCUGUCGAGGAUGAAUUGGAGAACAGGAAGAAGGUAGAAGGCGGGAUUGAUCACAUGUGGCUGCAGCUCGAAGAUGUCUCCACCUUUAACGCGACUUGCGCGUGCACCUACACUUUCAAAGAGCGCAUGUCGAUCGACAAGCUCCGAAAGGCGAUGAAGAUCCAACUGGACAGAUUCCCAAAAUAUAGACAGCGUCUCAUCGAUCACGGUCGCAAGUGGCACGGGCUUCAAUUCGAAUUUGAUCCUUCCUUUGACAUUGCCAAUCAUGUAAACGCCGUCACGCUGCCUGGCAAAUCUGGCAAGGCCGAACUGGACGAAUACAUGGGUAGCUUCAUUUGCAAAGACUACGACCGUGCGAGACCGCUAUGGGAGACGAUCCUGAUCGAAGACUAUCAUGAUGAUCGUGGAUCGAAAUCCGCCAUGGUCACUCGGGGCCAUCAUACGCUCGCAGACGGUCAAGGCUUCGUCCUAUCACAACUGUACCUUACAUCAUAUCGCGAUGAGCUCAUCAAGCAGAUGGAUGGCGGCGCGGCUUUGCUGGCAGAUGCCAAGUUGGGCAAGGUCAAGCCGUCAAAGAUCCACAAGGGUCUUAAGCCACUCGACAAGUACGAGCAGCAGGAUACCCUUGCUCCUCUCAUUCACCUCGCCAUGGCUGCUCUCUUCUGGACUGGCUACAUCGUCACGAGCUUUCUCGGCGUGUUCUACGGUAUCUCACAAGCUCUCUACAUCUCAUUCAUGUUCUGCACAACCUGGUUCCGUAUCAAAUACGUCACGCCAACCUACGCUGGUCCUCGUGUCGAAGGCCGCGUCUACAGUUCUUCAAAAUCGUUCGAUGUCCAGAUCAUCAAGACGAUGCAGAAAGCCUUCUCGGGCCCAGCUCCUCGUCGAGGCAAAAAGAUACCGAGCGUACGCGCAUAUGGUCAUGUCACUCUGAACGACGUCAUCUGCGCCAUCAUGUCCGACGUCAUCUCUGAUGUCGUCGCCUCUCGCGAUCCUGACCCUGGCUGGCGUGGCGCAACGAGACGCUUCUUUGGCUACUUCUUACCGGACGUCGUGCCAUUCCUCAUUCCGAUCUCAUUGCGAGCGCCAGGCCAAUGGGAUAUGCGCAAUCUGUCAACGGCCUCGAUUGCGUACCUCAAGCCAUGCAAGCAAGCCGGCCCAACUCCAACAUUUGGCGAGCUACACAAGCACAUCCAUGCAACAAAGGCAGAAAUGGCCGUGAUGAAAGCCUCGCCGCUUUCGGCAUGGUUCUUCUACCUCAUCAACGCACUCGGCAAUGCACCCAUCCUGUUCCCGUUCCCAUACUCGCUCUAUGACCAUCCUUACAAUCUCGUUCGCAAGUACAUCGCUAUACCCUGCAUCAAACAGAGCUUGCGCUCCAUCUCUGUCAUCUGCACCAACAUACCCGGCCCCUCGCAAAAGCCCGUCUCGAUCGACGGUAUUGAGGUCACCCAAUGGUGCGCUCUGCCACCACAGGGCGAAGAAGGCACAUGCGCCAUCGGCAUCAUUUCUUACGCUGGCAAGCUCUCGAUCAGCUGCGCAGCGGACAAAGUUCCAGGAUCAGAGGACGUAGCCAGACUAGUGUGUGAAUCGUUUGAGAAGCGUUUCGAGCUCUACGAGGCCAAAGCUCGCGCCAUCCUGGCAAAAGACUCUUAGACCAAGAUACCCAUGUACUGAAUGCAAGCUAAUGUGUCAUCA